AUGCAACACACGUUUGCAACAACACAUCUGCUGCAACAAUCCCGUCUGCAGCUAACAACCCGCCUGCCUCCAAAACCCGCUUGCUGCCACAACACGUCAGCUGCAAAACAGCCUGCUGCAACAACACGCCGGCUUACCAACAAACACGCCUUGUGCAACAACAGUCUGCAGCUACAACACGUCUGCCUGCCACACACGUCUGCAUGCAACAACAAGUCUGCUGAACAACACGUCUGCAGCAACAAACGAGCUGCUGCAUCAGCACGCCUGCACGCUGAGCAACAACACGUCUGCUUGCAGACAACAUGUUGCUGCACAACACCGUUUGCUGCGACAAACACGCCUGCUGCAAACAACACGCCUGCUGCAACAAUCCUCCGCUCGCUCCAACAAACCGCCUGCCUGCAAAAUAGUAGCCACAACAACACGCUGCUGCGACAACACCUCUGCGCCACAACACGUCUGCUGCAACAACACGUCUGCUGCGACAACACGUCAGCUGGCGACAAACACGUCGCCUGCAACAACACGUCCGUGCAAACACCCACGCCUGCAGCCGACAACAGUCUGCUGCGACAAUACGGUCAUGCUGCAACAACACCACGUCUGCUGCAACAAUUGUUUGCUGCAACAACAACGUUGUAUGCAAAACCAACGUCGUAA